AUGUCAAAUCUUUCUAAACUUGAAUUUGUAGCCCUGGAUAUGUCGGGCAAAAGCUACACGUCUUGGGUGUUUGAUGCUGAAAUUCAUCUUGAUGUGAUGGGUCUGGCAGACACCAUCAAAGACAAAAAUCAAACAUCAAACCAAGACCGUGCCAAAGCAAUGAUAUACCUACGCCAACACCUUGAUGAAGGCUUGAAAAUGGAAUAUCUCGCUAUUAAAGAUCCAGUCAUACUGUGGAAUAAUUUGAAAGAUAGAUAUGACCACCUGAAGAUGGUCGUUAUUCCACAGCCCCAUUAUGAAUGGACUCAUCUAAGGCUACAAGAUUUUAAAUCUAUCGCAGCAAUAUCAAGAGAUGGGAUUCAAAAAAUUAUCUCACAUCUUCUUGUAGCUGAGCAACAUAAUGGGCUAUUAAUGAAAAAUCAUGAAAGCCGACCUAUUGGUUCUUGUCCAUUCCCUGGAGUGAAUGAGACGAACUUCCACCAAGCUAAGCGUGGAAGAGGUCGUGGCCCUAGUCGCGGUCAUGAUCGUUGUCGGGGAAGAAACUCUAAUCAUGGUAAUAAUAAUGCACCAAAGAACCCUCCUCGCCACCAGCAGUGGAAAAGAAAGGAACAAAAACAUGAAGCAGUGCAAGCAACAAAUGCAAAAAAAUGCAUGCUAUAG